AUGCAUGGAUUCUCCACUGUUGAUGGCUUUGUGGAGAUAAGCAACUGCAUGGCAGAGAUGAUUAAAUACGUGGCAAAUGAACCGUCCGCUGGUCUUUUCUUUAUUCAACAGCACACACAAAAUGCAGUGCCCAAUAUCAUGAAACUGAAGAAGAAUGUUAGUGACAAGAGUCGUGAAACAACUCUGCACACAGAAGAUUUGGAGGACUCAGUCACAAUGGUGAGAUCAAUGAAAGACUGUGGAUUCCCCAUAGCUGACGAGAUGAUUGUAGACAUUAAAAAUUCCCUUAUAACGAUAACUUCAAAGAAACCAAACCGAUGGUUAACCCAUCGGCCGACAUCAAAUUUUCAGGCUCAGAGAGCUAACUUUUCUAAACAGAACUCAUACAGUCCAAAGGGGCCACAACUUGAUUCUAUGGGAAUGGUAAAUUCCAGCGCCGAGAAGCCACAGCUGCACCGUAGCGUGUCAUUACCAGAUGCAUCUGCAAACACUAAUGCAUUUUCACAAGCAGACAAGAAGCCCCCAUCAAGCCAGGUUGGAGAUGAAUCUCGAUCUGAACCAGGUGAUAUUGGGGAAAAGUUAUUGUCAGUAUCAGAAAAAUAUGAUGACUUCAAAGCAUGUAAACAAGCUAAGCUGGAGGAGUGGCUUUAA